ACGGGGAGGGGGGGCCGGGGGCGCACGGGUUGUGUACCCCGGCCGGCCGCUCCAGCUGCACUCUCUACCUCUUCCUCGGGGGGAAUUAAAUUAUUUCAAAACAACCGCACAAGAGGAGGCGAACCAAAAAAAAGGAGACUCUCUCUUUCUCUCGCUUCGAAGUAAGAGGAUGACAGCCGAGUUUGGGGAGCCGCUGUAAGGACAGGCAGGAGGCGGUAUGGCCGUGCAUGUCUUCAAAUGCCUGCGCCGGCCCGGGCGUUAGGACACCAACAGGUAGUAUGAGCCCAAGUCUGGACACUGUAGCUCUGAAUGCAAUGGCGGCAGGUGGAGUUAACAACAGACUGACUUAGCGGGCUUCUGCGGUUUGUGUGUGUGAGUGAGAUAGGAGUGUGUGAGUGCGCAGGGCCACAGGAGUUAUGGAAUAUGAAGAGCCCGACGCGCCCCCCGGUGACACCCCCAUCAAAAGAGGAGGACUUUUAUCCAAGAAGACCCAUUUGACCCAGAUUGAAGUUAUCCCAUGCAAGAUCUGCGGUGAUAAGUCCUCUGGAGUGCAUUAUGGAGUCAUCACUUGUGAGGGCUGUAAGGGAUUUUUCCGGCGGAGCCAGCUGCCUACUGUGUCCUACUCCUGCUCCAGGCAGAGUAACUGUCAGAUCGACCGGGCCAGUCGCAACCGCUGUCAGCACUGCCGUCUGCAGAAGUGUUUGGCUCAGGGCAUGAGUAGAGAUGCGGUGAAAUUUGGCCGGAUGUCCAAACGUCAGCGGGAUUCUCUGAUAGCUGAAGUGGAGAGACACCGUCAGCAGCAGCAGCAGCAGCAGCAGCUCCAGGGAGACCCCCAGGCUGUACUGUCCUAUCCUGCAAAGGCCCGACCGGACCGCUCCCCUCAGCUCAUUCAGCCCAUGCCGUCAGCCUACUCCUUCACCGGUGACACAGAGCUGCUCUCCUACGCAGCAGAUGUUCCCCCCUACCUGGUUUGUUCCCCUAAUGAGUCGGGCUUGAUCUACCGAGGCAAUGGCAUCUCCCCAACAUCCAGAUCCCAGGGCAGGGGUGAUGGCGGUGGACACCUUGACAUAAGAGGAUUCGACUCCAGACAGCCGUCUCAUGAUCUGAUGGGGAUUCAUCCCUACAGUCCUCUGGAGGAUUCUUACAGCCUCCAUCCUCAUUCUCUGAGAAACACAGAUGAGCUGUGUGCCAGUAUUGUGCGUUCCCACCGAGAGACCAGUCAGUAUAGAGUGGAGGAGCUGCACGCUCUCAGAUGGAAGCUGUUCAGCAGAGAUGAGAUCCAAGCCUACCAGAGCAAAACUGUUGAUGAGAUGUGGCAGCACUGUGCCAUUCGACUGACAGACGCCGUGCAGUAUGUGGUAGAGUUUGCAAAACACAUCCCAGGUUUCCGUAUGCUCAGCCAGAACGACCAGAUUGCACUCUUAAAGGCUGGGUCCAUGGAGGUGGUUCUAGUGAGGAUGAGUCGCUUCUUUAACACAGAGAACAACACUGUCUUCUUUGAUGGGAAAUUUGCUGGAACUGAAAUCUUCAAGUCUCUGGUUUGUGGUGAUUUAAUCACAGCAGUGUUUGACUUCGCUCACGAUAUAUGCGCUCUGAAGCUCACUGAGCAGCAGAUAGCUCUGUUCAGUGCUUUGGUGCUUAUUAAUGCAGAUCGACCAUGUCUGGAGGACAGAGGCAGGGUUCAGCGAGUGCAAAGAGGUGUAGAGUUAGGACUCACACACAUUUUACACCGUGACAACCAAGAAGGUCUAAUGCACAAGCUGUACCAGAGGAUGGCAGUGUUGCGUUCACUGUGCAGUCUGCACACGGAGAAGCUGUGCUGGUUCAGUCAGCGUUAUCCACUCACUGCUCACUCUCUGUUCCCUCCACUCUACAAGGAGCUGUUUGCCUCUGAGGCAGAGCUGCUGCCGGGGACCACUCACUAAAAUAUGCAGAGUCACAUAGAUGCAUAGACUCAUAUUUUCCUUUCUGACAGAAUAUAUUUUUCUAAUAACAGAGAUAAAUGAGAGCACAUUAAUUGUAGUGAGUUAAAUAUUACACAACUUUGAGCUGAUCUUUUUUGGUAGAGCAUACCUUUUAUUGUUUUGAUAGCUUCAAACUGUUUUGUUGACAUUGAUAUAUCUGAGUACUUUAUCAGUGGAGAGCAACAUUCACUAUCUCUCAGGAUGUGCUUUUGUGGUUCUGUCCAGUUACAACUACUGUGUGCCACAGUAUUUUCUGACAUAGAGAUUCUCAGAGGCAGGAAACCAAUCAUUAUAAAGCUGAUUAAAAACUACAGUCAACAUAAAUCCUAUUUUCUGAGUAUCUGCUCUGGUAGAAUGAACUGUUUUAAGCAUAUCUGUGAAUGUCGGCAGCUGUACUCAGCUUGGAUUCAUAUGCUCAGUAUGUUCCAAAUAUUUAUUUUUGUAUUUUACCUGUUAGAUGGCGCUGUUCUUGCUUUGUGUUAGAACUGUACUUGUAAUUCUGUAGAUAGGUUGGCAGUGGCAGCAACAGCAGAAGCCAACUGGUCAUGAGCGUUUAAUAGAGGUUACACCUGCAAUAAAUCUUGCACUAGAUUUACAGGACCCUACCAGUCAUUUUUUCCAGCUCACUGUUGUACAAGAUUAACAAAUUCCAUUCCCUGAAACAUAAAAAUUACACCUAAGUUGAAAGAUUCUAGUAAACCUAAUCUUUCCUCUCUCCAAAAACAACUGUCCAACUGCAGCCACUAAUGAGAUGAAAAUGAAACUAUCUGCCUCUUUGUAUCUGUAUGUCUCUAGAGAGAUGAUCCUACUCAGGUUGAUGUUGUUUCACAGGUUGACUAAUGAAUACUCAGCAGCAGUACCUCCAAAUGUAAUCCUUUGUGUUUGAUUAAAUCCUUACAGGCCUUUAUAUCUUUUGCGCUUUGAAAAAAAAAAAAAAAAUGCAUUAAAUGUAGAAAAAAAAAGUGGAGAUAGAGCUGAAGACUCUUCCUCUGUGUGCAAACUGCUCCUUUUUUCAGAUUAACGUGCAUGUGUUUUGUUUAAACAGAAAAGAGAAAAUAAAAGAAAUAAUGACUUUUCAGCAUUAAGUACUGUAUGUUCAGAUGUAGUCCUCUCUGCUGAGGUUUUAAAGAAGACAUUUCCAUGUAAAUCUUCAAAUAAACUGCUGAGGGUGUGACACUGAA